UCUGGAUAUUUCCGAGGCGCCCCGAAGGCAGCAUCAGCUGGGCUGAAAGCAGAUGGAGGCUGGGCUGUGGGUGUGAUGGGCUGGUCUGCCUUCUGCUGCUGGGCUACUGCUGCUUACACAACACACACCUCCGAGGACUGCGUGCAGCUAGGAAAGUAGUUAACGGUACCCGUAAGUUAAAGUCUGUCAUGAGUUGAAGAGAACUUUUACCAACGGUCGGAAACAUACGUUUGCUGAAUGAGGCUAACGGGAGGCUAGCUAGCGUUAGCUCGAGUCUGUCGCUAGCAGCUAGGUUGUGUCAACGCCAGCUUGGGAAAGCCGCUAGCCUUUUGAGAUUGCUCAUUGAACGAUUUCGAGCAGCCGAGGAACAGCGUUAGCUAGCGACAUGUCAGCGUUGAGGUCCGCGCACUCACUCUUUUGCGGGAGCACGACAAUUAAUGGUUAUUUAGCCAUUUACGCGAGCAAUGCGUGCUAGGUUGUUUCGGGCGACCGUUAGCUUAUAGGAGCCUGCGGGACGUCUGUGCCCAGUCCAGCAUCGCCAGUCAUAGCGGUAACAUAAUGAGUGAUCAUUAUGUUAAAGCCACGGUUCAACUCGAGCAAAUGAAAUCGCUGGACGAGAAUGCAGAGAAGGAAGGCGAACACCCCGAGGAGCAGAUGCCAGUAUCUCCUCCGCCCGCUUCUUUGUCACCAGACCCUUCCAGCAUCACCAUAGCCGACACGUCCAGCACUUGCAAGCAGGGGUCAAACAGGGGUAAGAAUCGCAAUAAGUCAGGCAAAGAUGACAAGAACUCUUGUGGCAAACACAUCACCGAUAAUGUCGGGAAGAACUUGAAUAGAUUGGGACAUGAGCAGGCGCUUCACAUCAAGGGAGCCGGGAGGAUACUGCAGGGCAAGUUGGAGACAAACGGGAACUAUGUGACUCUCCAUUCAUCCAAGAACACCCAAGACACGCGUCGGGAGGACGGAUUCAAGCAGGCAAAGAAGAGAAGACCCGUGGCGGUGGACAGCUCAAAGGCCAAAACCUCCCUGGAGGCACUCAAGCAAAGCAUCAAGCAGCUAAAGUGGAAAGAGUUUCCUCUGGGAAGACGAACGGCCUGUGAUAUCUACUGGCACGGCGUUUCCUUCCACGACAAUGAACAUAUUGUCUCAGGACAGGUCAACAAGUUCCCAGGGAUGAUUGAAAUGCUGAGAAAGAUCAACCUGAGCCGGGCAAUGCGGACUAUGCAGGAGCUGUUUCCAGAGGAGUAUGACUUCUAUCCCCGGUCGUGGAUCCUGCCCGAGGAGUACCAGCAGUUUUCCACACAGAUUCGCAUGGUGAAGGAGAAUGACGCCACAGUGACCACCACCUUCAUUGUCAAGCCAGAUGGCGGCUCUCAGGGGGACGGCAUCUACCUCAUCCGUGACCCCAGCGACCUGAAGCUCAUGACGGCGACACAAGCAAAACAGGCUGUGGUCCAAGAGUACAUUCAGAAGCCGUUACUUAUAGACAAGCUGAAAUUUGACAUCCGCCUUUACGUGCUGAUCAAGUCCAUGGAGCCUCUGGAGAUCUACAUAGCCAAGGAAGGCCUCACACGCUUUUGCACUGAGCCCUACCAGGAGCCAAGCCAGAAGAAUCUGAGUCAUGUCUUCAUGCACCUAACAAACUACUCCCUCAAUGUUCACAGUGGCAACUUCAUCCACUCAGACAGCCAGAACACAGGCAGCAAGCGCACUCUCUCCAGUGUGUUGUACAGGCUGGCAGCUAAAGGUGUAGAUAUCAAGAAGGUGUGGUCAGACAUCAUUGCUCUGGUCAUUAAGACUGUCAUCGCUGUGGUGCCUGAACUCAAAGUCUACUAUCAGGCUGAUAUCCCACCUGGAAAACCAGGGCCUACGUGUUUCCAGAUAUUAGGCUUUGACAUUCUGCUGAUGAAGAACCUGAAGCCAGUUCUACUAGAGGUCAACUCCAAUCCCAGCAUGAGAAUAGAGCAUGAGCAGGAGGUGGCACCAGGAGUGUUUGAGUAUGUUCCCAGUCCAGUAGAUGAAGAGGUGAAAGUGGGCGUGAUUAGGGACACGCUUCGCCUUAUGGACCCCGGCCACAAGAUGCCUUCAAUCUCCCAUCUGAGGGCAGGUGGCUUUGAACAUGGCGAGGAGAUUCCUAUCGAGGCCGAGACGCAAGAUAAGACCCAGGACCAGGGAGGAGCUUUGCCCUCGAUGUGUCUGAAGCAGGUCUACCCCAAAUACACCAAACAGUUCAACUACCUGAGGCUGGUGGAGCGAAUCGCAGCUCUGUUCAUCCGUUUUCUCGGCGUCAAGGGUAACAUGCGCCUGGGCCCCACUGCCUUCCGCACCUUCAUCAGGACCUGUAAACUGAGCAACAGUAACUUCACCAUGGCUUCUGUAGACAUCCUCUACAUAGACAUCACGCGUCGCUGGUCAGGAGCCAUGUCUGAUUCUAAAGAAGCAGGUAUGGGGCUACAAGCAUUUGUGGAAGCUUUCUUCUACCUGGCAGGUCGUCGGUUCAAAUCCCUGGUGCUGAAGGAACAGGUUCUGUCUCUGCUGGAGCUGUGCGAGGCUCAGCUGGAAUCACAGUUGGGCGUCGAGGACAGGCGCUCUGCGAGCUGCAGCCGAGCGCUGCCGCGAGCCGUCAAGCCUCAGACCGUGGGCGUCACCAACCCCCUGCUGGGCUCGCCGGCCCCCCUGCGACGGGCGUCCAGCCAGGACUACCGACUGCAUCAAAGACUCAAGCCUCGCACACUCAGGUCUAAUGUGGAGAACUGACGAGACGGGGCCUCGACUAGUCAUCCACGUCCCAAACUGCCUUUAGCCUUCUCCACAGGAGCAGGACAAUUAGGUGUCCAUCGCUCCUUGGAAGCUCGUGCAAAAGGUGGAGUUUGGGGGAAUGAUGGGAGCGGAGAGUAGGACUAGCUUGACCCCCGCUGGCUGACUUGAAGGAGAACUGUUCUCAGUCUGAUUGCUUUUUCUUCAGAGGAGGAAGAAGUCCACAGGGGGCAUUGAAGUGGAAAUAGAACAAGAUUGGUGCAUUUCUUCUUCCCUUCCUGGUGUGAUCAUACGAAACCAGUGUGGUCCAGGCAGGAGGAGGAGAUGGCGGCUUUAAAUGUUCUUACUAAUUCUACAGGGCAGCUAUUUGCUUCCCUUUACCUUUGUCUGCUAACACGCACACAUUAAAACAGUUCUUUUCAGGGAUAACUUCAGAUGCCCCACUUGAAUAGAUUGACACAUCACAAAACCACACAUAAAUGGGUUUAAGGGAGCGUCCUUAGUAUGUUAAUUAUGCUCUUGAAUUUGCACAACAACAAUCACAUUUGCACAGAAAUGGAUGUGAGGUUGACUGACUUACCCUUGUGGGCACAUCGUGUAUGUUUGAGUGUGUGUGUGUUUGUACUGUACUGUAUUUAUUUGCGUUUAGCCCGAUAUUGAAAGCCUAUUUACAACCAGAGGCUCAGCUGUGCAUUGUAGCUCCAUGAGCCCAUUAGUGAAGAGUUAAGUGAGGAGGUAUUCAAAGGGAAAAGGCCACACGGCCACUUAUCCUCUUAGUUCUGCAGCUCCACCGCUCCUUCUGCAGCUCAGUUUCUAAGAUGUUUGUAGGCACCUAACUGCCAUGUGGCGUUUCUACACGACGACUAAAUGCAUGGCGCACGACUUCAGAAGUGAGAGAAACGCAUCGACUCUGAAAUGUGAUUUAGAUGUAGCUUUUGCAAUAAUAACCUUAUCCGAUGGUUGUCCGUUAAAAUGCAAAACGACGGCCGCGUGCGGAUGCCAACUACAGCGUCACUAAGUUCAGAAUGACUCUAUUCACUGGACAUGUUUGCAUCAUAUGCUUCUUUUCUCCUAGUAACAGUCAAGUCAAUAUGUAAAUGGAUUCUUCUAUAAAUAGGACUAACAUGUAGUGCAGGAUGUAUCAACAUGAAGUAAAGACAACUGUAAUAUUAGCACUGCAAAAAAUAAACCUUUGGCUCUUGAAACUACA